UACCAUUACUUACCAAAUCGAGUGUACGUGCAAAAAUUGGUGCAAGAGACCAAACAAACUUCCUUCUCCUACGAAAAUUACCGUGAAAUAUGGGGAAAUAAGAUACUAUGCAUUCCAGAAUGAAGUAAAGCAUUGAUCAAGACAGCAAGAUAGGUUUCUGCAGUACCUAAAUCAACAAACAAAUCAGUGAAAUGAAUUAAUCAUACGGCUACUUUUGCAGUUGAAGCAAUACUUUGACAGUAAAAUGUAAUUUCAGAAUGGCUGAGAAGGAGGGGAGAGUUGAUCCGCGGAGUGGUAAGUCAGAAACUACUUGUAAUUCCUGCGUAACAUGUGGGUCAACCGAAAACAUCAAGCAGUGUGCCAAGUGCUUGUCAGUUGCAUACUGUUCCAAAGAACAUCAGGUACAGGACUGGAAGAAACAUAGAAAGAACUGCAAGAAACUACUUCAGAACGGGAAGCAGAAUGACGAUCGCAGCCCCAUCACCCAUUCCACCUCUUCUAAAGAGACAAACCAAGAUAGCAAACUUGACCAAAGUGCCAGUAUUAACCUAACAUUUGAAUUCGACAAGCGUCCGUACAAACCUAGGAAUUACCCCCAACCGACCGGCAAGGACUUGGUUUCUCUCGCCGAGCACGUGACCAGCCAGCUGAAAAGCAACAAUUUCUGUGUUGUGGACAGUAUCUUCAACCCAACCCUUGCCAAUGAGGUGUUAAAGGAAGUCAUUGAAGUGCAUUCUUCAGGCAUUUUCAUUGACGGCCAGCUGAGUGGUGGGAGGCGAAACAGCAGCGACACAAUUGUCACAAAGAAGACUAUUCGGGGAGAUGAGAUUACGUGGUUGGAAGGAAACGAGAAACAGUUUCCGUACAUCUGCAUGUUAGUGAAGACCUUGGAUAAGUUGCUCUCCAAAAUGAACAUUUAUUUAAAAGGAGAAUGUGAUGUUGGAGGAAGAACAAAGGCCAUGGUUGCGUGUUAUCCAGGCAAUGGGACAGGAUAUGCCUGCCAUGUCGACAACCCUAACAGAGAUGGUCGCUGUAUUACUUGUCUGUUCUAUCUCAAUGAGGGCUGGGAUGUGAGAAAAAAUGGUGGUUUGCUUCGACUCUUCCAAGGUUCUGAUGACUAUAUUGAUGUUGAACCGAUCUUAAACCGAGCCAUAUUCUUCUGGUCUGAUCGAAGGAAUCCCCACGAGGUCCAGCCUGCAUUCAAGACUAGGUACGCAAUCACAGUCUGGUAUCUGGAUAAGCAUGAACGUCUGGAAGCUCGAAAGGCUGCCAACACAGAAGAUGUGAGUAGACUACAGCAACAGUAUUCCAUGAUGAAUCUUAGUAGUAAAUCGGGUGAAAAGGAUGAAAGUGAAGGAGAGAAGAGAGAAGUUCCUUCCUGAGAGGACGAGAUUCUUUCAAGAGGAUGUUACAGAAUUGACGAUGAAGCCACACCCUUGUAGCCUCCCAAUGGUCCAUCUCAUUAAUUCUCAGCUGCAAGCUCUAUAUUCCUGAGGUCAGACCAAUAUUAUGCCUUUCUUUUUGCCCAAUUCAAGCUAAUGAUCCAAUUUUAUUGUUGUUUAUAUUUUGUAUAAUUAUUAUGUAUAUGCUGCAAUUUUUUUUGAAAGAACUGUUUAUUCCACGGAGUUUGAGGGUAUGUUAUAAGGUAAUCUUUUCAUUGGUCCAAAAUUCCUUUUAAAAAUAGAAAUCAAACCUUAUAUAAGAUAAAUUCUUUAAUUUUCACGACCGUCACUAAUGCCAUCAAGUAUGAAAGAAUAUCAAGAGCAUGGUAUUCUAAAUUUCCUUUUUUAUGAUCUUGAACUACUUGAAAAUGAUUCAUUUUGUACUUCUUUGAGCAACUCUUGAAUGAUAAUUAACAACUCGACAUUCCCAUGUAGCGAUGAACUAAAACAUUUACCAUUGAAACUUUGCCAGAAGCUGAAAUAUAUUUUGGGAAAAAAAAUGAAUUAUUGUUCUGACUGGAUCUGCCCUGAAAGUGUAGACACAAAUUUGUGAUUUGCCUCAUGAAUGUGCUUGAUAUAAUACUGACAAAUCUUGUCUCUAGGCAGCUUGAGUAUUAGUAAGU